AUGUUGGAACAAUCUUUUACGGAAAUACCCACUAAAAAAUGCUUAUAUGCCAUACCAGGAUUAGCAUCACGUUCAUUCGAAUUUUCAAAUGAAGAUCAAGCUAAUACGAUUCAGAAAUUAUUUGCAAAUUCACCGGUAUGGAUUCAACAACGAUCAACAUCUGUUGAAGAAUUAAAGUCACAAGUUGAUAAAUGUUCUAAAUUAAUGAAAAUAUCAUUUGGAUAUUUGGCAUCAACAACAGUUUACUACUGGAGUCAAAAAAUUCAAAAUAAUUAUGCAUUAGAAUGGAAAACAGAUAUUCAUCAUAAAUGUCUAUCUAUUACAUACAAAACUAAUAAAGAAAUCCAAUUGAGAAUUAAUCAAGAUUGUUUAGAUAAGUAUUUUAUAAUUCCAUUCGCCAGAAUUAAGACUUAUACAAUGAUUUUGCCUCUCAAAGCAUCGCCACGUUGUUAUCAUAUUUUGCAACAUCGAAAGGGUCGAUGUGAUAAACGACAACUUGAUUUUGAAAUCAUAAAUGGCUCCUGUUUAGCAAACAGUUCUGCUUUAUGUUUAACAUUUCUGACAUAUGAUGCAUUAGUAACCUGCGCAGAGUUUUUGGGUAAUACCAUGAAAUUAGAUUGUUAUCAUGGUCAUAUUGAAUGCAUUAAAAUGCCAGGGCAAGCAUUGCAAUUUGACCCUAUUUUAUCAGACUUUUGGUCAAAUUAUGCCUUUCAAAUGCUAUUAACAUUAGGAGAUCGAAUUAAAAAUCGUAUAACAUCAGAUACUAUUUUUAAAAUUAUGAAAUUAUCACAUUUAUCAAACGGUCAACAAUACCCAAAUCACCAAUGUUAUUUAAAAUUAACGGCUGUUUAUUAUCGAGCUCGAUAUAAUUGCUUUUUUGAUAUCAAUCAAGAGUAUGACAAUAUUCAACCAUUACCAUCAAGUAUUGUUUUGGAUAAAUGGGAAUACAUACCACGAAUAUAUUUAACACCAUAUGGUGUAUAUCCUUUACCAGUUAAACCCAUGCGUGGAAAUAGAAUUUUGCGUGAACGAAAUCUGUUUGGUCCUGGUGAAAAAUUUUGUCGUGUUAUCAUUCGAGAUGUCGAUCUGGGACAACCACAAAAAGAUUUUAUGCAAAUAAAUGAACAAUGGAUUAAAGAUUUAAUAAUAGGAACAAAUCCUAUUAUGGUUGGUGAUCAAUCAUUUGAAUUUUUACUUUGUUCAAAUAGUCAAUUGCGUGAUCGAAGUUUUUGGUUUCACGCUCCUUAUAAAAAUAAUCGAGCAACACACAUACGAGCAUGGAUGGGUGAUUUUUCAUCUGAACAAUGUAUUGGAACAAGAAUUGCAAGAAUGGCAUUAUCAUUAACUGGCACAACAGCGACUAUAAAACUUUUAUCUCAUGAAAUUGAGAUAAUCGAUGAUAAAUUCGAUGAUCAUAAUCGAAUUUUUACUGAUGGAACUGGGAAAAUUUCUCCAAUGGCAUUAGAAAAGGCGUUAAAGAUUUAUAAUCCAGAACUAAUCGAAGAUAACUAUAUGCCUUGUGUAAUACAAGCUCGGUUAAAUGGUAUCAAAGGAGUAUUUGUAAUAGCUCCUGAUUUAAAUGAAAGAGGUGUAUUGAUUCAAUACCGUCGUAGUCAAUAUAAAUUUAAGGUAGAUCAUAAUGUACUAGAAAUUGUUAAACAUUCCAGUUCCGGGACAUUAUUUUUAAAUCGUCAAGUGAUUACAUUACUUGAAAAUAUGGGAGUAAAACAAGAGACUUUUAUAAAGUUACAAAAUAAGACACGAAAAAAAAUAUCAAUGUCAUUAUUAGCUAACAAAACAGCUCAACAUACACUUGAACAAAAUGUUCGAUCUUAUGAUUGGGAACGAAUGCGUCAAUCAGGUGUACAAUUAACUCAAGAACCAUUUGUACGAUCACUUUUACUGUUAUUGGCUCAAGAACGAUUAAAACGCUUAAAAGAAAAAUCACAGGUUCGAAUUCCACUUUCCGAUGGACGAAUGCUAAUCGGUGUUGUGGAUGAAACAAAUUCUCUUGAAUAUGGUCAAGUAUUUAUUAAACUUCGUGAUCUAAACGGUCAAUCUCAAAUCAUACAAAAUCGUAAAAUUCUUAUUACGAAAAAUCCAGCACAUUUUCCUGGUGACAUACGAAAGUUAGACGCUGUUGAUUGUCCAGCUCUGCAUCAUCUAUAUGAAUGUGUUGUCUUUCCUGCUCAAGGACAACGUCCUCAUCCCAAUGAAAUCAGUGGUAGUGAUACAGAUGGUGAUGAAUAUUGGGUAUGUUGGAAUGAGGAGCUUGUCAACAAUGCUACAAUACAACAUCCACCAGCUACAUUCGAUGCAACUGAGAAAGUAAAACAUAAUGGCGAAAUUACAAUGAUGGACAAUGCUGAUUUUCUUUUUAAAUUUUUGAGUUCAGAUUCGUUAGGUGCUUUAUCUAACCGUCAUUUAGCGUGCUGUGCUAUAUAUGGGGCCAGUCACGAAGAUUCAUGUCGAUUAGCACAAAUUAUUUCUGAAUCAGUUGAUUUUCCAAAAACUGGAGUCCUUCCAAAAUGUCCUAAAGAUAUAAAUGUUAAUCAAUAUCCGGAUUUCAUGGAAAAUAAAUAUAAAGAAUCAUUUGUAUCAAAUUCAAGUAUUGGAAUUAUGUAUCGACAAGUCAAACAAGCGUGGGAAAUGCAUUUAGCAGAACAAGAUAAAUUAAACAAUAAAACGAUUAAUAUGGAUAAAAAUUUUUUAAUAAAUGGCUAUAAAAAAUAUAUUCAUCAGGCUGAAAAUGAAUAUGAAUAUUAUUCUUCAAGAAUUAAUACAAUAUUAGCAACUUAUAACUUAGAAAAUGAAUCUGAAUUAAUUACAGGAUGCCAUUCUUGUAUUGAAGAAGAGAAAAAAAAUAAUGAUUCCGUUGAAACGGCAUUAUUAGAAUUUCGAUAUCUUAAUCAAGAAAUGAGAGCUAGAUUUGAAAGUGAUGAAUUAAAUUAUAUAGAACAAUUACGUAAAACUAGUGCAUAUUAUUAUGUUGCAUAUACAAAAGGUACUAUACUUAGUUUUGGUUGGAUUAUGAAUCGUUUAAUGAGUGAUAUCAUUAAACAAAAACAAAUAGUUCAAGAAGAACACCAAGCAUUGAAACAUAUUGCCAUCGAUAGAUCUUAUUUACCUAUGGAAAAUAAUAAAAGUUCGAAACAAAAAUGUUGCACUCCUUAUUGUUGGACAAUUCUUAUUCUAAUGUUUAUUUUGAUACCAGUUAUUAUAUUGACUAUAAUCUUUGUUAUUCAAGCUAAACAUGAUUCACAACCAUCAGUUAUUAAUACAUUGAAUACGACAAUUAUUAAUCAAAAAUAUAAUAUUUCAAUUAAAGGUUUACUAACAAUGGAUGUAGCUGCAAAAACAAAUAUUUGUGAUAAAAGCGAAACAAUUGAAGAUUGUGUUCUUCUUUAUAAUGCAAAACUAUUUAUGAAUGCACUUUUAUUAGUACCUUCAUCAGCAUCAAAUCAUUCUAUAGUAUCUUUUUCUUUUCCAGAAAAUUCUACAAAAAGCACUAUUGCUUGUAAAACAUUAAAAAUUCGUCGAAAUCAAUUAGCACAGAUUUUCGAUUCUAUUACUCUUGAAACGAUCUUUAACCUUUCUGGUAUUCGAUAUUCAUCAGUUGAUGAUACUAUUUCAUCUGAUUCAACACAAUCACGUUCACAAAUUGAUGGUCGAUCUAUAAAAAAUAGAUGGAGUACACCAAUUAAUUAUUAUAUUAGUAAAACAACUGGUUUAACUUCAUCAAUGAUUGCUAAUAUUCGUAUUGCGAUUUCAAAUUGGGAAAAUAAUACAUGUCUGAUAUUUAAUGAACUAUCUGUUAUAACACCGACAACAAAUACAUCUUAUGUUUUAUUCGAACGUGAUGAUGAAUAUGGGUGUUCAAGUCCAGUUGGUUAUGAUAAAACUGAUCCAACAUCAGUUAUACUUAUUUCAUCCUAUUGUGGUGCUAUCAUUGGUUCAAUAAUGCAUGAAAUUGGACAUACUCUUGGUUAUAUUCAUACACAAUCACGAGUGGAUCGUAACUCUUAUGUAUCAAUAGCAACAUCAAAUAUUCAAGAAGAUUUUGCAGGAAACUUUUUUAUUUGGAUAUUUGGUACAAUAAGAUUUAGUGAUGUUACUUUUCCUUAUGAUUAUGGUUCAUUUAUGCAUUAUGAUUCAUAUGCAUUUUCAAAAAAUAAUGAACCAACAAUAAUUCCAUAUGAGAGUCGAUAUGAAAAAACUAUGGGACAAAGGGAAAGAGCAGCAUUUUAUGAUUAUAAACAAAUGAAUAGACUUUAUUAUUGUCCACUAAUGUUUAGUAAUAAUGCUUGUCAAAAUAAUGGUUAUCUUGAUCCAAAUACAUGUUCAUAUUGUAUAUGUCCUGAAGGUUUUUCUGGUACUUAUUGUGAUCAAAAAGAUUCAAAUAGUAAUUGUGGAGAUACAAUUAUUAAUUUAAAUCCAUAUUUUUCUACGCAAAUAACUAUUCAAAAUCCUUCACCGACAACCAUAAUACCAACAGAACAAUAUUGUGUUUAUCUUAUUCGAAUUCGUUUACGAUUAGAUUCAAUUAAUACCGUGAAACGUUCAGUAUGUAGUUUAAGAUCAUUAAUUGAAGUUAAAUAUCAAAAGGAUCUUGCGCUAACUGGUGCUCGAUGGUGUGGAAAUACUAUAACAUCUGAUUGGUUAAAUAUUACAGCAGAAACAAACACAAUGAUAGUGAUAUUUCGAGCUAACAAUUCUAUUAAUAUUACAACUGGAAAUCCACAAGCUAGUUUUCGUGCUACUAUUUUCUUUGAUGCUGAACCAAUACCUGUUGUAAAUCUGACAACAAUGACAACCACAACCACUACUACUAUCAGUAGUACAGCAUCAACAAUUCAAGUUACUAAUAGUCUAACGACGACUGGAACAACCUUGUCAACAUGUCCUCCAUCAUCAUUUCGUUGUCAAUUACCAUCCCAACCAACAUGUGGUGGAUGUCUAAAUUAUCAACCUUGUAUCAUUGAAGGUACUCAACCAUGUCUAGCAUAUACAUAUCAAAUUCAAUUAACUGAUUGUGAUAAAAUCGUCAAUGGUGUUGCUCAAUGUCGAUAUCAAUUUAUUCAAACACAAUAUACAACCAGUUGUCCACGUACUGUUCUUCUUUGUUGUCCAAACUAUCAACUUAUUUCAAUUCAAACAUAUUAUUUUUGUGUAUAUAAUCCACAAGCAAGCAAUCUUCCCAGUGAAUGGUCACUUAUUAUCUAA